GAAGUACCGAUGUACAAAAAGAGAUGCGUAGCAGCGGAGAUAAAGUUGCCAGAAGAUUGGCUUAGCGUAUUUUCGAAAGCUGCUAGGGCGGAUACGUUUCACUCGAUACGAAGACGCCUCUUCGCCGAGCGUUAGUAUUCGAAAAAGCACACACGUCCUAUCUUCUGAUACAGCAUUCGUUCUACUACAACAACUUUCUUUCUAGUUCCAAAAAAACAUGCAUCCCUUGCAGAGAGCGCGACAGACGCUUUUGUUUUCGGAGUUUGUGGUUUCGUCCCCAAGUCGGCGCUCGAAGGCCGAUGCCAUCGAUUGACGGGGGCCCGGGACGAGAAAAGAAAGAUCAUCCGCACAUAGCCGAAAAAUUUCUUUGCUGCGAGUGUUUACGUAGCUCUCUUGGGGAAAGACGUUGGGGAGCACGACCGGCAUAGCGAGAAAGACUGCGAGACCACGAAACAGAAGCGGCCGAAAGAGACGUCCUGCUGUGGCGAAAGGUAUCCGGCUUUUGGCUUCCAUAUCUAUCAAUUUGCAUGAACGCCUUGACGCCUUUGUUGUGUCUAGUCCAUGGAAAUCCGAAGUUGAAAAAAAUAAGUGUGUGCACUCGUCGAGCUUGAAAUAGUCGGGCGGACGAAAUAUGUGUCUACUAUCCAGAUCAACGUUGUUUGUUAGGCACGCGUUGUGUCCCUGUUGUGCGUUGGGUUGGUUCUUUUCGUCCCGCGCGCAAGCUUUGAUGUUGCCGGCACAGAGUUCUUUUUGAGUGAUUGAGAGGUCUGAAUUCUAUUGUAUGCAUGUUAACGCGAUAAAGAACGGAGUUCAUCAAGAGCUGUAUUGCGGCAACACCUUGAUCUUCCGGACAUAAGUCCGUUUUCUACCAUAAAAGGUACAAGAAAACAAGUGCAAACAGCACACCUCCGAGAGGUGGUCCACAGCAUGGGCCUCUUGUACAUUCGCCGGCUGCACGGCGCCGGCGUGUACAGCUGCUCUUCCUGCGAAACACCCUUGGCGCUGAAGCAGGACCUACUGAGCACGCACUUCCGCGGGCGCACCGGCACCGCGUGUUUGUUCGACAACGUGAUCAACGUUUUUAGUGGCGAGCCGGAGGAAACGCAAAUGACCACGGGCUUGCACGUGAUCCGCACCAUACACUGCGUAAAAUGCUGCGAGAACCUCGGAUGGACCUACAUCAAGGCGUACUCGGAGAGUCAGAAGGUAAAAAGCGUAAGAUAAACAUGGUGAUGAUGAUUUUGAUUUUUUUGGCACCCAAUCGAGAGUCUGGUGCGAAAUUGAUUCCUUCCUUUGUCUCUGUCAUAACAGUACAAGGAGGGCCGGUUCAUCUUGGAGGAGGAGCUGAUUCGCCAGCAGCCCGACGAGAACAGCGCAAAUUGGGAUCCGAAGUUGCUCGGGCGGGAACAAGGGGACGAUAACCUCCAGAGCACCUCGUGGUCAAGCGGGGCCAGCUCGGACUCGCAAUCAUCGGGGAAUGUUCAGUAGCGGUUGUAGUUUUUUGUUCAUUUUCAUCCGCCUGCAUCUUCUAGCACGUAACUUUCAUUCAGUGCAUCGGAUAUUUUUUCAAAUUGAGAAUGAAACGAAAACGGAACGAUGUAACCACCACACAGUUCUUUGAAAAGCUUUUUUGCUUAACGGCCAGAACAUGCGAAACCACUGUUGCGAUACUCCUGCUGAUAUGAAGCGCUUCAAAGGCUAAAAAGAUACGAGUGGAUGCUGCCCACACUUCGUGAAAGUUUGACGUUGUUGUAGUUCUCUAAACAGUGUCAUGCCUUGUUGUGCUUGUCAUCAAGCUCAAGAUCACGAAUGUUGCUCGACGGGGGACUUCUAUUCCGUGUUUCAGUUGCGACCGAAACA